UACCUCGUUAAGAAUUCCCCAAUCCCAAACUGCAAAAGGGUGAAGAGCGAAAAAAAAGAAGAAAAAGAGCUGUACCUGUAGACACAGGAGGGGAAAAAAUCAAAAAAUGAGUGAAGCAAUGAUGGAGCUGAUUCCGAAUCUACCUGAAGAAAUCGGUCUCGAGUGCUUGUUUCGGUUAUCCUACAAGGCACACCGAGUUGCCGCAAGAGUCUGCCGGCGAUGGCGAGAGUUGAUCGACAGCCGAGAAUUCUACUACCAGAGAAAGCAAUCGGGAAAUACCCACAAGGUGGCUUGCUUAAUUCAGUCACUCCCGGUCGAAACCGCCGUGGAUGGGCGGAAACCAGUUGGAGCGCCGGCUUACGGAGUCUCCGUCUUCAACCCGAGCGGUGGGACUUGGGAACGACUCGAGCCAGUCCCUGACUACCCACUUGGUCUCCCAUUAUUCUGCCAGUUGUCGAGCGUGGAGGGGAAACUCGUCCUCAUGGGUGGAUGGAACCCGGCGAGGUGGGAACCAGUGAAAGACGUUUUCAUAUACGAUUUCACAGCCGGGCAAUGGAGACGAGGCAAGGACAUGCCCUCGAAAAGGUCGUUCUUUGCCACCGGCGCGUUGGAGGAGAGAAUCUUUGUCGCGGGCGGACACGACGAGAAUAAGACCGCGUUGAAGUCGGCGUGGGUGUACGACGUGAGGCGGGACGAAUGGGAGGAGAUAAGUGAGAUGACGCAGGAACGCGAUGAAUGCGAAGGCGUGGUGAUCGGGAACGAGUUCUGGGUCGUGAGCGGCUACAGCACGGAGAACCAAGGGGUUUUCGAGGUAAGCGCUGAGUGUUACGAAAUGGAAACGGAUCAGUGGCGGCGAGUGGAGGGAGCGUGGGCGGCAGGUCGGUGCCCGAGGGCGUGCGUUGGGGUGGGCAAAGAGGAAGAGUUGGUUUGCUGGGCCGACUCCGAAUCGGUUGUUCGUGUUGGAGCGUGCGCAGUGGGGUUGGGCGAGCAGACUCUGGUGACCGGAUCGGCGUAUCUGGGCGCACCUCAGGGGGUCUUCCUGGUGGGGAUGAAGGAAGGGCAGAAUGGUAAAUUGGAAAAGAUCGAUGUUCCUACUGGGUUUUCAGGCUUUGUUCAAUCAGGUUGCUGCGUGGAGAUUUGAACGAGCAAGAGUAAAUUUGUAAUUGCAGGACGUGGAUUUUUUUUUUUUGUUUUCCAAGUUUACUGUCUACUGGUUUUUGAAUGUAGAUAGCGAGAGGUUUGUGUCAUCGCAAUCAAUGUAUAAUUGCUGUGAGCCUGUGAGUAUUGAUUUUAAUUUUUAUGUGUGA